UACGUAAGAAUGCUUAAAUUUAAAAUUAAUUUAUUAUAUUUACAAGCUUUUUGUAUCAACAAACUAUAUCAUGAAACAAGAGUACAGUUUCAUCAUCUAUCAAAAAUUAAUAUACAAUAUGUAAUAAACAAAAGAUAUUUUAGUCAACAACAAGAUAUACAGGAACAAGAUGUAAUUAAAAAUAAUAAUAUACAUGUACCUGCAAUGAUCAAAGAAGUUUUACUAUAUUUACAACCAUCUCCAGGUAAAAUAUAUGUAGAUAUGACUUUUGGUGCUGGAGGACAUACUACUCAAAUUUUGAAAUCAGCACCUGAUAUAAAAAUUUUUACAUUAGACAGAGAUCCAAUAGCAUAUAAUAUUGCACAAGAUUUAUCAAAGAACUAUCCUGGACAAAUGAUUCCUUUAUUAGGAAAAUUUUCAGAUUUACCAUUAUUACUUAGCGAGCAUAAAGUUGGAAAGAAUAGUAUUGAUGGUUUUUUGUUUGAUUUUGGAUGUUCAUCAAUGCAAUUUGAUAAUGCAGAAAGAGGCUUUUCUUUGUCAAAAAAUGGACCAUUAGAUAUGAGAAUGGAUGGUAAUAGAUAUCCUGAAAAUCCAACUGCUGCUGAUGUAAUAGAAAGAGCGGAUGAGAUAGAUUUGUAUCAUAUAUUGAAAAUUUAUGGACAAGAAAAGAAGGCAAGAAAGAUAGCACGUGCGCUUAUCGAAGCAAGAUAUAUGUAUAAAAAAUUGGAAACAACAAAAGAAUUGGCACAGCUUGUUGAAUCUGUACUCAGUAAUGAAAUCAGAAAAGAUCAAUUAGGUAGAUUCUCACAUUGUGCGACAAAAACGUUUCAAGCUUUUAGAAUUUUUGUAAACAAUGAAUUGAAUGAAAUCAAUCAUGGCAUAGUGCUUGCACAAAAUUACUUAAAAAUUGGUGGUUGUUUGAUAACAAUAUCCUUCCAUUCAUUGGAAGAUAUUGUUGUUAAAAGACACAUGACAGGAAAUAUAACAGAUUUUGUAGCAAAUGUUACACCAUUAAAAUAUUUAAAUCAUAAUAAAAGUUUUCGCAUUGACGAAUUAAAUGAUAUAGUCAUGUCACCAUGGAAAAUGAUGCAUAAGCAUGUAUUGACACCAUCGUCUGAAGAAGUCAAUAAAAAUCCAAGAGUUAGAUCAGCAAAGUUUAGAGCUAUUACUAAAGUUAAAUAAAUUAAUCACAGAAUUACGAAAUAUUGAUUUUAUAAUUAACUUACUAAUACAUUCUUAUUAGUUAUUUAUGAAAUUAAUAUUUUAUAUGGAACAUACAUAAAGUACAUGGAGUAUGAAAAAUAUAAAUAGAUAAAGUUAUUGUUAUGUGGCAAUAAUAUGAAAAGAGUUAAUAUUUAAAAUAAUCCUUCUAUCUCAUUCGUUUCACUAUUCCAAUCCAUAUCAUAAAUACUUGGCCUAGUAGAAAGACCUGGCAUCAUCAUGAUCUGCAAUUUAUAAAAACGUCGUUUGUAACAUACAUCGAUAACUGCAUCUGCCAAAGCUAUUGCACCUGAUCCACCGUCAGCCCAAUGAGUGCAAAUCACUGUAUCUGCUGCACCACUCUCCAAUGCCACUUCUUUAAUGAGCUGUAGUUCAGCUUCUGUAUCAGUACUAUUAGAAUAAUAAAUAUUUAUUUUGGUUGCAAUAGGAAAAAUCUAUUCUCGCAAUUUAUUAAAAAAAAAAUUAUCAUGGAUUUCAGAUAUACUUAAUGCAGAAUGAAAUAUUUACGUGUAUGAAUUUAUAGCUACAACAACGGGUACUCCAAAUUUCAGGCCAUUGCUGAUAUGUUUUUGAAGAUUUGGAAGACCUUUUCUAACAAGUUCGAUAUUUUCUUCAAUGUAUUCUUUUUUUAGAGCCGCACCUGGGGUUACUAAUGGACCACCACCAUGCAUUUUCAAGGCUCUUACAGUUGCAACAAGAACGACAGCAUUCGGCACGAGUCCAGAUGUUCUACAUUUAAUGUCAAAGAACUUCUCCAUGCCUAUAUCGGAACCAAAUCCAGCUUCUGUCACUACAAUACCAUUUGGUCCAACUAGUUUUAAUGCAAUAGUAUCUGCUAUUAUCGAGGAACAACCGUGUGCGAUAUUAGCGAAGGGACCAGCAUGAACCAUUACAGGUGUACCUUCUAAAGAUUGCAUUAGCGUUGGUUCGAUCGCAUCUUUCAGAAGAAUAGCCAUCGCACCAGUCAUGCCCUAUUAAAUUGAUAAAAGUAAGUAAAGAAUAAAUGUAAAUAGAUAAAAAUAUCUAAAUUUAUAAUAUCGUUAAUUAAAUACGAACAAAAUCUUCAGCAGUUAAAGGUUCACCAUUCUUAUUGAAUCCAAUUACUAUAUUGCCCAAUCUUUGUUUCAAAUCUUCGACGUUAGCAGCUAAAGCAAGUAUCGCCAUUAUCUCAGAAGAAACAGAAAUUUUGAAAGAAGUCUCUCUCGUCUUAUUUUUUUCAGUCGAACUUUGACCAAUAGUUAUUUUACGUAGGAAACGAUCAUUUAUAUCAACCACUGCAAAAGAAGAUAAGUCUUAAUGAAAGUAUACUUGUUCAACUGACAUUAAGAUAAUUAAUUUUAUUUUUCUUAUUCUAUGUACCUCUUGUCCACGUAAUAUUAUGUGGAUCGAUGUCCAAUCGUACGAACUUGCGUUGUUCUUCUUCCGUCAAAGAGUUUGGAUCGGUUUUUGUAAUCCCAAGUUUUUGCAGACGCCUUAAUUGAAUUUUGGAGAAUUUUCGAACACCUUUAAUCGUAGGUACCAAUCUAUCAUAAAGAGCCUUGUCACUUUGAGUGGAUUCAUGGAAGUAUCGAGCAUCGAUUUGGGCUGCUAAAAGAUUAUUUGCCGCGGAUAUAGCGUGGAUGUCUCCGGUUAAGUGAAGAUUGAAUUCUUCCAUAGGAAUUACCUAGAAAGGAAAAAAAAAUAUGAACAUAGUUCAUUAUAAUAAUUAGAUUUAAAAUUUUAUAAUUUUAUUUUUGUACAUACUUGUGCAUAUCCACCACCAGCUGCUCCUCCUUUAACUCCGAAAGUAGGACCUUGGCUAGGCUGUCUUAACGUAACAAAAGAAUUUGUUCCUUUAUGCGCUGAGAGAGCUUGCACUAAUCCAAGAGCCGUCGUACUUUUACCUUCACCGAGAGGUGUUGGCGUAAUACCAGCGACGACCACGAAUUUUCCAUUCUGCUGAUUCUUCAGUCUAUUUAGAACAUUUAAACUUAUUUUACCCUUAUUGUCUCCAUAAGGACUUAGCUCGUUUGGUAAUAGACCGAUUUCUUCAGCUAAACUGACAAUAGGUUUAUAUGUCUGACUUCUAGAAAUAGCUAUAUCACUUGGAACUGGUCUCUGUGGAUUAAUCUUUAAAAUUCUUAGUUUCCAAUCGACAUUAAGAAGAUUUUCAGCUGCUUUUUUGGCCGAGGUCACUGUAUUCUUCAUCAGCAUGGCUACCGUCAUAGGGCCGACACCACCAGGAACUGGCGUAAUGUAUGAAGCUACUUUCGAAGCUUCCUCGUAAUCAACGUCGCCUACUAAACGCUCACCGCUUUUCUUUCCAGAAUCUGGAAAACAUGUAUUAAAUUUGAUGUGAGAAUAUAUCUCCCGAAAUAUAACUAUUCUUAUCAUAUGUGUUAAUUGAAUUUGAUGAGAUUUUUAUCGAACAUUAUUUCGAAAUAUUCUUUAAGGCCUUGAAUAUACACAUUAUAAGAUCUUACAAAUUUACUUUAUUAUUAUAUGUAUAUCGAUAUUAUCGAUUUGGGGUAUUUUUCAUUAUUAAAUUAAAUAUAUAAGC